AUGUCUCAUCUCACAGUAGCAGUGGCCCAAGCCCGAACUCGCGCCACCCUCCCUUCAACCCUCGCCGCCCUAGAACGCACAACUAUAACAGCAUCCAAGCGCGGCGUGCACCUAAUUCUCUUCCCGGAAGCCUAUCUAGGCGGAUACCCACGAACCUGCUCAUUCGGUGCCGCAGCAGCCGUUGAUCUGGGCGAUACACCUGCCGGAGGCGGUGAUGACUGGAUCGAGAGGAGAUUACCUGUUGCCGUCGGCAAGAGUCAUCGUGGUGAUGGGACGAGGGAGACGCUUGAGAGGAUUGCGGCUGAGACAGGCGUUUUCAUCGUUACGGGUGUUGUGGAGAGAGUGGGUGGGACGCUUUAUUGUGCUGUUGUUUAUGUUGAUCCUGUUAGGGGUGUUUUGGGGAAGAGGAGGAAGGUUAUGCCGACCGGCUCAGAACGUUUAAUCUGGGGCCAGGGGUCGGCUUCGACUCUCCGUGCCGUAACGACAACCCUAAACGGUAUACCGUUAACCCUGGCUUCGGCGAUAUGUUGGGAGAACUACAUGCCUCUCCUACGCCAGAGUUUGUACUCGCAGAAUGUGAAUAUCUACCUCGCGCCUACGGCUGAUGCCCGCGAUACGUGGCUGCCUCUUAUGCGGACUGUUGGUGCUGAGGGACGGUGCUUUGUUCUCUCGGCGAACCAGUGUGUUCGAUCUUCAGAGUUACCGGACUGGAUUACCGGUUCUGAUGAGUCUUCUGCUGUUUCGGCGGUCGGUGGUGUGCCGCCGCAGACACAGUCUAGACCUCAGCCGUCUGGAAGGAAACUUUCUAUUACUUCGGAGGGUCCCCAUGAGAUUGUUUGGCCGCAGGGUCAGGGCCAUCCCUCUGAUACUGAUGCUGGUUCUAAGGUGGGCGAUGUGACGGAUAAGGUUGAGGAGUUGGCUGCGAAAGUUGAACAGCUUGGUCAGGCUAAGGCUGGUGCCGAUGAGUUUGUUUCUCGUGGCGGGUCUUGUAUAGUUUCGCCUCUUGGUGCCGUCCUUGCAGGCCCGUUGUGGGAGGUUUCUACGGAUGAUUCGGCUGAUAGUGAGGAUGCUGCUGCUAGUAACCCUUCCGGUCCGCAUAUUAUGGCGGAUAUUGAGGAGGAAACAAUUGCGGCUGGGGAUGGGCUGGCGAUUGCGCAGAUUGAUCUGGAUGAUUGUGAGCGUGGCCGGUUGGAUUUGGAUGUUGCAGGCAGUUAUUCCCGCAGCGAUGCGUUUAAGUUAACUGUUGAGGGGCUGGAUUUGGCACCGCCUCCCCUGUAA